GUUCAGUGUCCCGUUGACCAUGUGCUCCUUCGGUUAUGCGAACGAGUCGCGAACGAUAAUUUAUUUUGUAAUCGCCAAACUGUUCGUAUAGUUUGUCGAUCGGAUCGCAUAUACGUACGUGGGUGUAUGAAAUCUCGAUGUCACAUAAUAUAAUUCACUCAAUGGUAACACGUACAAUUUUAUAAUAUUAGUUAGAAACGAUGAAGAUUUGAAAAUAAACAGUUAUUUUCAUUACAACCAUAAGAAGAGUUUAGCCCAUACAUAUACAUUUCUUAUUUUUUGUUAUUGUUCGAAUGUGAAAUGUAAAAUCAAAAUGAUUCUUUUUAAGUGUUCGUAUACUAAUGAAUUUGACUAUCUUAAAUGUCGGGUUUAUUAAGUGAUCAAAAGUGAAUUAAAUAAUAUAAUUUUUACUAACAAAGUAUCAUUAUGAAGAUAUUUCUUAAUUUUGGACUUCUCCUAUUUUCUAUUAUACCGUGUAUUCUGAUGUUGAUUCAAAACCCAACUAAAAUUCAAGAUCGCGACCAUUGGUACGAAGAGGCCCGAUCCGCGUUGAAAAAACGGUUGGCUACCUUCGAGGGUAAAAUGGGAAGAGCGAAAAACGUGGUGUUUUUGGUCGGCGAUGGAAUGGGCGCGUCUACGUUGACCGCAUCGAGGAUAUUCAAGGGACAGAGACGGGGCAACCAAGGUGAAGAGGAGCAAUUGAUUUGGGAUACGUUUCCCGCUGUGGCAAUGGCAAAGACCUACAAUUUAAACGCUCAAAUCGGCGAAUCGUCAGCAUGUGCUACUGCAUUAUUGUGUGGCGUAAAAGCCAAUUUCGAAACAGUUGGCUUGGAUGGCAAUGGAAAGUUUGAAAACUGUUAUUCUAGUUUUGGGUCUAGAGUUGACUCAUUGGCCUACUGGGCUCAAAAGGAAGGUAAAUCCACCGGACUAGUGACCAAUACUCGGAUUACUCAUGCUACACCGUCGGCGUUAUACGCACACUCGCCUAGCCGAUAUUGGGAAGAUGACGGAAAAGUGCCAAUACCUUCAAGAAAAUCGUGUAAGGACAUUGCCCGCCAACUGGUGGAAGACGAUCCAGGUCGAUUUAUAAACGUAAUAUUGGGCGGUGGCAGAAGACACUGGUUACCAAAAGUAGCACAAGAUCCAGAACAACCCACCGACGAGGGUAGACGAUUGGACGGACGGAAUUUGAUAGACGAUUGGAUUAGAGACAAAAAGAAACGAAACAUUAAAGCCGAAUACGUGUGGAAUAAUAGUCAGCUGGACAAAAUCGAUGCGAAAAAUGUUGAUUAUCUUUUAGGUUUGUUUGCGUAUUCGCACAUGGAGUUCGAGGUGGACCGAGACAAAGGACAAAACGGCGACCCACCCCUAAGCGAGAUGGCCGUCAAAGCGUUAUCUAUACUCCAGAAGAACAACAAAGGAUUUUUUCUGUUUGUAGAAAGUGGCCGCAUCGACCACGCGCAUCAUUACAACAAUCCUUACAGGGCGUUAGAGGAAACGCUUGUGCUGGAGUCCACGCUGGAAGCCAUUAUGUCUAAGGUAGACUUGUCGGAUACACUCAUCGUUGUCACAGCGGAUCAUUCGCAUGUAAUGACAAUGGGAGGAUUGGCAACCCCUCGAGGCAACGACAUAUUGGGCGUGGACGUGAAGCCGUCGGACGUGGACGGACUGCCGUACAGCACGCUGCUCUAUGGCAACGGGCCCGGCCACAGUGCCGAACACCGGUUGGUGCCCAUGGUGAACGCCACUGACGCGGAGACGCACAACCGGUUGCACGGGGCCGCGGUGCCCCGUCAGUGGGCCACGCAUGGAGGCGAAGACGUGCCUGUGUACGCGGCCGGGCCACAGGGCAUCACGCAAGCACUGUUCUCCGGCACGUUCGACCAGUCUUACGUGCCACACGCAAUUGCUUACGUGGCGUGCCUGGCCGAGCACGCCGAACGAUGUCGCCGACAGGACGCCGAGGCCGUCAACCGGAGCAAUAGUGACGCCACGUUCACCGCCGGUAAGGCGGGCGUCCUCGGGGUAGGACCCUCGUCGCAGGGCUGCUCGGUGGACACGAACGCCGUGACCAGGACGGCGGCGACGGGUGGUGCCAAGAGCGGAGCGGCCAUCGUACUGGCCAGCAGCGUGCUGUCCGACAACGGGUCGUCCAAGCAGACCAACAACACGAAUCCACUGCUGAACCUUGGUUACGCACUGAUCGCCGCGGCAGCCAUGCUCGUGGUAGCGGUCACGUAAGUCUCGAGGAGGGGCGGUGCGGUGCGGUGCUCGGCCCUAGGUCUCGGUGAAUUCGCGCUCGUAAUACCUAUAUUAUACGUAUACAAUAAUAAUAUUAUGUUAUAUCGUUAUUAUUUUCUAUAAUUUUAAUCGUAAAAAAAUACAUAUGAACGAUUGUGCCAACGAAGACGUCGUCGUCUGGCGAUGUGCGUAUAAAUCGAAGGGGGUUUUAUUUUUUUUUUUCCUUUAUCGGAGACACCAGUGAUCGUGUGUGUGGGUGGGCAGGGGGGUUGGUUGGGUGGGAUAGGUGGCGGUAGAGGCGUGAGUAAACGCAGGCCGGAGGGAUUAAUGGGGACGACAAGAGUACUAGGCACCUUAUAAUGUAAUAUAAAUCUCUGGUUUGAGAUAACAUCCUGCAUAUGCGGUAUGCGCAAAGACACACACGUGCUCGCGUGGUAUUUAAAUUACAUACCUACGAUACACGCGCCGAGCGUAUAUUAUAAUAAUGUACCUACGUUUUAUAACGUAAUGUGCGUACGUAAUAAUAUUUUCCUUGUACACGUUUUUUUUUUUGUUUUUUGUUUUCACGCGUGGGCACCGCCGGUGCGAUUAAAAUAUUAUAAUUCUCAUAAUAAGACAAGGUUCUAUAUAAUAUUUAAAAUAAUUAAUAAAAUAUAUAAUAUAUGUGUGCAUUAUAUUAUAUAAAUAGACGAUUAUUUUUUUUUUAUUAUUAUUAAUUAACCCGCGGCAACUUAGGCCAUUGGGUGGUUUUUACUGUGAGGGGAGGGUACUGUAAGUUUAAACACGCGUGUUUUGGUUUUGGCAGAUUUUUUAGUGGACACCCGUAGGUAUCUGCCAUGUCCGGGUGGGGAAUGGCGGCACUUCUCUCCGGACACCGUGACUGGCCCGAAGAAAAAUGCCACCCGCGGCCGGCAUCGAACCGGCGCCGAUGUGCGUCGCAACCGACGACUUAAUCCGCUCGGCUACUCCGUCCCCCAGACAAUUAUUUUACCACACAAGGAAGUGUUUAUUUUUCCAAAAAGUUGUUACCAGCUCCCGCGAUACACAUAUUAUAAUAAAUUAUUAUGUGCAUAUUGUACACUUUGAUAAUAUUAUUAUGUAUGUAAUCAAGUUACCACAUUGCACGUCAUAGAUACGCGUAUACGUAGACAAUAUUAUAUUAUAUUAUUAUAAAAAUCCCGAUGAAGAGCAAUUCGAACAGAUUUUAUUCUCAGUGUUAUAAUCUAAAAUAACAAUUAAUCCCUAAGAUUUAAAUUGGUAGUUAUAAUCAGUUUUCUCACGAAAAAUUAACCAUCUGGUACGUGACUUCAGUGGCAACCACACAUAUAACGAACACACAAAAUAAGAACAACAUUUUUCGAUUAAAUGCGCUGCUAAGUAAUGAACCCCGGCAACGGACUUAGCCAAAGCAAUCCGAAAAUAAAUGGCAAUAUUAUGUCUGAUUUCACAAGCCCUCUUAAAGCUUACAGAUGGUACCUAACACUUGUUUGUAUACAUUUUAAUCUUUAUUCUAGUCGAUUAUUAAGUGCGGAUCACAAUCGGAUUACUUAAUCAAAAUGCACACAUAUCAUCAAAUCACGACGUUUCUAAAAAUGUCAAGAUCGAGAUGCAUGAUUUGUAGUUUUCUGACUUUGCGCCGUGGAACAUUUUUAAAGAGUUAUUACUUAUUCUUGAAAUCGUAUUGAUAAAAUAUCAAUUUUCAUACAGCGGGGCAUUUCAUAUUUUAUACUUCGUAGACAAUUAAUCACGUUAUCCACUAAGAACAGCAGAUGUUUUGAUUCGUUAUUUUUUGCACUUCCUGCAUUUUUAUUAGUAUUUGUUAUCAUUAAUAAAAAUAUCGAAUCAAUUCCCAUAGAUCUGUUUUUAAAUUGUUAAUAAAAUUUAAACGAUUACAAAUUAUUUCCCCUAUAAACUAUUUGAAUCUAUAUGAUGCUCAAAUAUGUAUACAAAAAAGUAUGUUACUCGUGAAAUAUCAACAUUAAUUCAACAGACAAUACUAGUUUUUAUAAUUUAAAACCUAUAAAAUUAAUAGAAAUCUUGUAAUUUGGUAUAACUAUUGGUAAAAUAAUUUUCAAGGCCACGUCACAGCUGAUGUGCUGAAAUUGUUGGUUCUCGACUUAUACGGCAUCCACCCCUCCCCCCCCCCCCUCAAGUCCACCAUUACCAUCGAAAAACUGUUACACCCUUCGGCAUGUUUCAAACCGCUUCGAGGAAUAGAGAUCACUGUUCGAAAAAAACACAAAAAGAAUAUCCCGUUAAAAAAAAUUUGUUUAAAAUGGGAUUUCCGGACGCAACUUUACUUCCAAAAUACAUUAUCUAGUUGUACUGUUUGUUAGUGACAUUAAAUUGGCUAGUCUGGAAAAAUCUUAACGUUGGUACAUAAAGUUUUAAACACAAUUUAUAUUAUAGUAAAACAUUUCUCCAUGAUUUUUCAGUGGAAUUGUUUUUAUGUAAUUUCGAACUCGAUUAGUUUGAAAUUUACUAUUGUUUUAAAAAUAUAAUGUAAUUAAUAAAGUUAAGGAAAGAACCCGAUUUUUUUUCUUUAAAUCGAAUACGAAAUCUUUUUACACCAAAGUUUAAACAAAACUUUCUAGACCACCUUUUUCGUAUUUUCUUAUUUUUGUGUUCUAAUUCCAAAAUGUACAUGGUUAUAUAUCUGAACCCAUACAUAUAUAUAUAUAUAUUUCUUGUUUAAAGAACUAAGAUAAAAAUGUAAUUAUGUAUAGUAUAUAUUAAAAUAAUAUGGUUUGUAUUGUAGUAAUUACUAAACAAUACAUUUUCUUAUUUUUUUUAAUUAUAUCAAUUUAAUCAAAAUUAUGAAAAAAAUAUUAAAAAUUGCGACUACUUUAAAAUAUUACUAACAGUUGUAUUUUUUAUUAUUUUGAAAUUCGACAUAACCAGAAAAUAUUUUCUGGUAAUGUACUACUUUUUCAAUAUGUUUUAAAUAAUGAAUGUUUUUUUUUUUUAUAUUGAUUUCUAUAUGAAAUUGAAUCAAUUAUUAUUAAUUUAAUUUUUGAUUG